UGCUUAAUGGACCAAUUUUGUUUCGCUUAUGUUACAUAGGUUUGAUUAUUUGUAAAUUUUAAUUAAGAAGUUAAUAUAAAAUCAUAUAAUAUGUGAACUUACUUACAAAAAGUUAAUGUCCGGUUCUUGACAUGUGCCAAAGGUGCAUAAACACUAGUCCACAUUUAAUAUUAACAAAUAUUAAGUAGAUUUAUGGUCAUUUUUAAAUUAAAAGCGAAUGAUUUUUUUUCCAAAUUUUUAUUAUACUUACAAAAUUAUAACAUACUCUGGUUCAAAAUAAUCUACGUUUAAAAAAUCAAAAAGAUACAUUUUAUAUUUUAAUACUUUUAUUAGUUAAUAAUAGUAAAUCGCAAACUUAGUAAAAACUGAAAGUGUAACAUAUAACAUCAACUUUUUACUUCUUUUUUUCUGAAUGAAUGUCAAAUGUAUUCCGCAAAAAUAUUUAUUACAUCAAGUGUAACAAAGAAUUGAAAGAAAAACCAAAAGAAUGAGUUAAUAAGAAAAAAAUUGGAAACUUAAUAAAAAUUAAUUGUGUUUAUCAGAUUUUGAUUGGCUCAAAACUAAGAGGAAUAGUUCGUCACAAAAAUUAUACAUUUAUAAUUAAAAGAUAAGAAAUUUUAUUAAUAUGUUUGAAAACUCUAAAACAUAAAUAAUUUUAAAACAAAUGAAGUAUCAGAAACCUAUUUCAUUCAAGAAUGGUUCACAAAAUAUUUUGAAUGAGUUUGCUUUUAUUUUAGUGGUUUAAACUUAAUAAAACAUUUUUACUUUAGACUUUUUCUUUGUCCCUCCAUAUCUGCCGCCGAAAAUAUACAAACUCCUUUCUCUUCUAUCCAAUGAACCAAUCCAUUGAAAUUCUUCUGAGUUCUCCUAUAUAAAUAUGUCAAUCUUAGCACUUCAUUAUAAAAAUCACUAUUUACGUAAAAAAAUCAAUAAUGAAAUUUUCAUAUUCUCUAUCCAAACAAUUUUCUUUGCCUAUUUUGAUCCUACAAUUCCUCAUCAUACAUAGUGUUUCAUCAUUAAACCUUACCAAUGAGUAUCUCAACCACAAAUGCUUCCUUAAUCAAGGGAAAUAUAAGUCUGGAAGUCAGUACGAGGAAAACCUCAACUGGAUUUUCGAUGAUAUUCGUACAAGUCCUUAUGCUUUAACAGGUUUCUCACACUUAAGUGUUGGAAAAACACCAGCCGAUUUUGUUGCUGUCACUUCCCAGUGUCGUGGUGACACUUAUGAGUCUAAAUGUCGUACAUGCAUUGAUACCGUAAUUUCAGGGUUUAGUAAGAGAUGUCCGAGUAACAAAGGAGGGAUAAUAUGGUACGAUCAAUGUCUUCUCUAUAUUAAUACGAUCAAAGAAAAAGAUCCUGCCCCGACUAAUUACAAGAAUAUUUUUUCUAUGCAUAACCCAAAUAACAUGAGAGGGGAUGCAAAACUGUUCGCCAUGAGGGUGAUGGAUUUUUUCUCUGAGCUAACACUUAAAGUCAAGAAAACCACCAAGUAUAGCCUCAUAUUUUACGCGGCAGGGGAAAAGAAGCUCGGAAAAAAUAAAUUAUAUGCAAUGGUGCAAUGUUUAGAACUAACAAUGGAUUGCAAAGGUUGUUUGACUUGGAGUAUCUUAAAGCUUUUCGAAAACAAUGAGAUUAAACAAGGAGCGCGAGUUUUGGGUACGGACUGUGAUUUAAGGUAUGAGCUAUACCCUUUUCUUAGGAGUUAAGCAUUUUUAAGUUAUGUAUUAGUUAUAUUUUUUUUUUUGCUGAAAUGUAAUAUCCAUUUAUCAAUAAAAA